AUGUCGUCGCCGUCUGGCGUUGGUAGCUGGGCGUGGGAGAAAAGUGGGGUGGUACGGACUCCCACGAUUCAACACCAGACGUCCAAGGACAGCAUUGCGUCUUCAGCCAUGCUAAUGAGGCCCUCAUCGUCCACUUCCGGUUCGACAGCUGCUGAAGUGGGCAGAACAAGCAAAAGUAUCGGCGGACCCGUCAAGAGCGGUGCCUCCAUUUCCUCAUCGGCGAUUUUUUCUUCUUCUUCCUCUCGAGGAGGAGAGGUUGCGCAAGAAGGUGGAAGAGGAUCCAGCGGUACUAGGGGUUCAGGUGGAGACUCCAACUCCAUUCAGGGAAAUACAGAACAAGCGCUGAGAAAAGGCGGAAAGGAACAAACAGAGUGGCUGGAGGCGAUCUAUGAAUUUGCACUAGCGCUCCAGCAGGAUGAGCAGUUCCGAACGCGCUCGGGUCUUGGCCCCUUCCAGGCUGAGCGUGCGCGGCGAGCAUCGACUUGCUCCGCAGUUUCCUUGCUCACCAGCAGCACAGAGCAGCCGCAGGAUCAACAACAUGGUGACAGGAGGACUGCGGGCGAGGUACCGCAGAGUACAGGCCCCCAAACCAACGUCUCGCGACAGCAACUGCUGAAAGUGGAUAUGCAUUGCUUUUUUACGUACCUGCGAGGUAAGGGCAUGGUGGACGACGACGAGCGCAUCGUCCCAGUGCGCUCUCGAGCAAACCAGGUGUUGGAAAUCCUGCGCACCAACGGGCGGUCGGGGCUCAAGAAGCUUUAUAGACGUGGAACCACGCACGCCGCACUGCUUGAAGUUGGGGAACCAGGACCUGAGCUCAGCAUCGACGGCCCAAUCACGAGUGACUCGGAACGGGAGGAGAUGGAAAUGCUGCGCGAGAAAUUCCGGCAAGCGAAGGAGGAGGAUCCAGGGCUAGCCACGCCUUCGACGGCACCGUCAGGAGCGACCACACGCACCGCCGCGGAAGAAUCAGAUUACAACUACGCCGCUGCCAGUGCUGGAGGUCCGGGUCUAGGUGGGUCUUCUUUAAGUUCAAUCGCAACCUUCGCGGAGCAGCGAAACUGUUCGCAGCAAUCGUUGUUGAAGCAACCUCAGAGGCAGAGAAGUAAAAGCUUUGGCAGUGUCGGAGCCGGAGGUGCUGUGCCAGGUAGCCCUGGCCCUGGAUCUCCUGCCAUGCGGCCAUUGGGAAGUUCCGAGGAGAAAGGAGUAUUCUUCGCCAAACGUGAGUUUUUCUACUGCGUGACGGCUUCUCCAGACGCCAUCGCGACGGCGUGCAGCAACAAUUUUGUGAUGCAGGGCUUCACCGAGUUUGCGGAAGAAUGCCGAGCCAUCUACGAGGAGGUGUUGCCCAACACCGAGGGCGCCAAGGCGACAUAUAUCCCCCAGCUGGCGCACCAAAAUGAAGAUUGGUUUGGGAUCGCCUGCUGCACCGUUGACGGACAGCGUUUGCGGUAUGGCGACUACAACGUUCCUUUUUGCCUACAGUCUUGCAGCAAGCCCAUCACAUACGGUGCCGCGCUAGACCGCAGUGGAGUCGAGAACACACAUCGGCAUGUUGGUCGCGAGCCAAGUGGCAUGAUCUUUAACGCGCUGGCGCUGGACCGCAACGGGUUACCACAUAAUCCGCUGAUUAACAGCGGCGCCAUCAUGUGCGCUGGCAUCUACUUUUCCUCCACGAUUGAGCGCCAGAUGGAAGAAGAACGCGCGAAGGAAGAGGAGCGACUGCGCGAACAGGAGGCAGAGGCGCGCGCCAGGGCUGCGUCGGAUCUGACAAUCUCUGAGGCUGCAUCAGGCACAAGCAUAGCUGCGGAUGGGAACAGGCAGCUGGGCGACGCUACGAGCAUUUCGAAUGUUCACCAGGGAUCCGUUCGGUCGGAUGCGUCGACGGAUGAUAAUUUGCGAAGAAAGGAGGGCGCGCGGGGUUGUCCGGUCUUGGUACCCAACGUUGACGUUGAGCAAGCAGGAGAACACGCGUCUUCUCCGAGGAUAGCUGCGACUUCCGCCGGUACAUCCAGUCCUAAGCACAAUGCGGUGGCGGGUGAUGGAGCGCCGCAGCGUUUACGACAAAAGAUGUCCUCGAAGGAUCGAUCCCCGUCCCGAUGGGGCAAGCGCACUCUACACUCGUCCAGCGGAGUGGGGCUUGAUGCACUCGGAAACCGCCGAGCAAACGGAGGCGGACGCACAAUGAACGCGCCGAAAGGGCUGCAAAGCAGCUUCCCCUCCGCAGGAAAUUUGAACAGAGGCGUUGGCGAUGGUUGGCCGUCUGGUGGUACCACACAGUCAGGGGGUGCGAAAGGUGGGAAUCCAGUAAGGGCCGAACAAGGAGAUUCUCAUCAUGUCAACCCGACGAUGAUUCCUAGGAAUAGCACUACGAGUAGCUGCCACGACAGCGAGCGCGGCGGCGAAUUCGGGAAGCUCGAGGACAGUAGCGAAGAGGAGGGCGAGAUGGUGGAAGACGUGCCCGAGAGGAUGCGAGAGUUUAUCACAGCUUUGAGCAAAGAUGAGCAUAUGGAUACUCACGCCAUCGCCACGGCAAGCGGCCUCUCGGACGGAGCCGUACGCAAGAUCUUGCGCAUGUACAAUGUGGAACCAACGAAGGCGUCGCAAGCGGUACAGCAAACGCCUGCAGGGGUGUGCCCCUUUGUCUUCCAAAACUACAAGGACUUAUACGACGAGCGCGAGGAAAUGGAAGAGGAGAUGGUGCGCUUAUUGAAUUUGAAUGACCGCGCGCCGAAUGCUAUCGGUAAUGGACCUGCACGGCCCGCGGCGAUGCAGUCUCGACGGCCGAAGCACGCGCCGUCGUUCAGCAGCGGGAGCCAACGAUCUUCUCUCGUAGAUCGAGAAGACUCCUUCGUGGCUUCGGACGACGAGCCCAUCCGAGGCAGAAACGCUUCCGAAUUAAGUUUGGUAGUCCAUGAAGCUGCGGACCCAGAUAUGUCGGGUAGAGCAGUCUCGGAAGAGAUUUCGUCUCCAAAGAGUAGACGCGUUCUCGGAACGUCGGAUCCACACCCCACAGGAACUGCGGCAGGACCGUCCAAAGACGAAUACUCUGAAGGAAGAGUUGCCGCGUACCGCCGCGCUAACAGGGGAAAUGAUGAGAAGUCGCGCUCUGCGCAAGAUCUCGCGUCGGACGCUCUUUCGGCGGGCGCCCGGUCGGUCGCAGCAGAUAGCGACGCUGCCGGCGAUGGAAUCGCUUUCGCGGGCCCCUCAGGAUCCCGCAGUGAUGCUGCGCGUAUAGAAGAAGAUGCGCCACACACGCUCAACGACUACGUUGACGAAUGUCGAGAAGAGAUUCUUCACUUGUGGAGUCGUUUGGGCGGGCGGCGUCCGGUCGGCUACGACGAGGACGUCUAUCGCUCGGAGGCUCGAACGGCGGACCGGAACUUCGCGCUGGCGUACUACAUGAAGGAGGCACGCGCUUUUCCAGACUUAGUCAACGGGUCGCAGUGCGGCCAGAAUAGCAUCGUCAAUGAGGUGCUCAAUCUCUAUUUUCAAUUAUGCGCGCUCACUGUCGAUUGUGAGACGUUAGCAAUCGCGGCAGCAACACUCGCAAACGGCGGGGUGUGUCCGACUACGGGGGAGCGCGUGUUGCGCGCUGAGACGGUGAAACACACUCUCUCCAUGAUGUACUCGUGCGGCAUGUAUGACUACAGUGGCGAAUUCGCGUUUCGCGUGGGGCUGCCAGCGAAAAGUGGAGUCGCUGGCGGCAUCAUGGUCAUUGUGCCGAACUUGUUCGGCUUCGCCACUUUUUCGCCGCCGCUGGACAAAUACGGAAACUCGGAGCGCGGGCGCGACUUCUUCCUGAAACUGACAGAGAGGUAUCCAUUUCACAACUUCGACAUUCGGCCGUCCAUAGGUCGCGAGAGCAUCUUACUCGGAGGAAUGGGAGGACAAACGUGCCACGAGUCAGAGACAGAACAAGUUCGCGAAUCGGAGAAAGAAGUGACAUUUGAAGACGAUGCCGCCACGCGCCAGUCCUCAGUGGGGCGAGGAAUGUCAUCCUCAUCGCAGCUUCCAGGAAGGACACUGUCAGAGAUUUCUCUGGACCGCAACCAACAUUGUGGAGGACCAGCUGCACAGGGACCUGCAGCAGGGGGAGCUCCUGGUAGUAAUAUGAACUCGUCGCCAUCCCCGAUGUAUGUUAUCCAGCUUGCCUCCGUAGGCGAUAUCAUUUCGUUGACACGGCUAAAGCUGUCCGGCGCGCGCAACUUCUCCGCACCAGAUUACGACAAGCGCACUCCACUCCACCUCGCCGCCAGCUGCGGACACCUCGAGGUAGUCGAGUGGUUGCUGGAAAACGGGCAUCCCCUGUGCGUACGCGAUCGAUGGGGCAACACGCCGUUGGACGAUGCGCGCCGGGAAGGCUUUCCCUCGGUUGCGCGCUACCUCUGGGAGCGAAGUCCCACAGAGGAGCAGGCACGCUCUCCCCAGCCCGCCGCAUCCCAGAGCGAAAGCGCAUCCGAAUAGUCCAGGCAUGACGCGUGAUCGUGGGUUCUGUCUGGGGCACUAACGACGAUAGGUAGUGAUACUGGUUAGAUAAUUGCAUGUGUAACAAAGGAUUACUCGACGCAUCUUUAUCGUCUGAUAAGAAAAUGAACAUUGCUUUUUAGAUUUAGUCAUGAGCCCGGAGACCUAUGACAUCGCUUUGCUUUUAUUCGGCGUCUUUUCAGCCGUACGUAAACAACAUGGGAGACGGUUUUCUCAGGUGAAGUCGCUGAUGCGCGAAAUGUUUCUGCCUUCUGGGAUAUGGAUCGAUGUAAAGACGGUCGUCUCUUGCUGCAUGAUGUUGGAAGUUUGAGAAAAAUGAAUAAAAAAGAAAUUGCAACUGCAGGAAAGGAAAGAAGCAGAAAGG